AUGCUUGCAUCAUUCCGAAAACAGGACAAAAAGGAUGAAGAAUCGGGGACAAGUGGAAAUCCAUAUAAGAAUCUUGAAAAGGCAUCUGUUCUUCAAGAAGCUCGUACAUUUAAUGAAACUCCUGUAAAUGCACGAAAAUGUAUUCAAAUAUUAACAAAAAUUAUUUAUAUGAUCAAUCAACCAGAUAUGGUACAAAAAAAAUAUUUCCAUUUUUUUUUCUGUUAA